GCAGGGUGGAGAGGAAGAGACUGAAGUUCCAAAUCUAGGGGGCAACACUGACAAAGGUCCUGGGGCAGGAGGGCUCUGGUAGAAAUUCAGUGUGUCUGGAGAACAGCGUGUGGAGAGAUGAAGCUGGAGGGAAGGCAGAGGCCGGAUUAUGCAGCCUUUCGUUGGCCACAUCACCGGUUUUAGACUUUAUCCUGUGGGGAAUUUGGACAUUGGAAAAAUGAAAACAGAGACCGAGGCUGGGUCAAGAUGGCGUCUGUGUUUCGCAGUGAGGAGAUGUGUUUGUCACAGUUAUUUCUCCAGGUGGAGGCUGCCUAUUGCUGUGUGGCUGAGCUUGGAGAGCUUGGAUUGGUUCAGUUCAAAGAUUUAAAUAUGAAUGUGAACAGCUUCCAAAGAAAAUUUGUGAAUGAAGUCAGAAGGUGUGAGUCACUGGAGAGAAUUCUCCGUUUUCUGGAAGAUGAGAUGCAAAAUGAGAUUGCAGUGCAGUUGCCUGAGAAGUCCCCACCAACCCCUCUGCCACGGGAAAUGAUCGCCCUGGAGACUGUUCUAGAAAAACUAGAAGGAGAGUUACAGGAAGCCAACCAGAACCAACAGGCUUUGAAGAAAGGCUUCCUAGAAUUGACUGAACUCAAACAUCUCCUGAAGAAAACCCAGGACUUCUUUGAGACAGAAACCAAUUUAGCCGAUGAUUUCUUUAUGGAAGAUACUUCUGGUCUCCUGGAGUUAAGAGCAGCACCUGCAUACAUGACUGGAAAGCUGGGGUUCACGGCUGGCGUGAUCAACAGGGAGAGGAUGGCUUCCUUUGAGAGGCUGCUGUGGCGAGUGUGCCGAGGAAACAUCUAUUUGAAGUUCAGUGAGAUGGAAGUGAGUUUGGAGGACCCUGUCACGAGAGAAGAAAUUAAAAAGAAUAUCUUCAUCAUAUUUUAUCAAGGAGAACAACUCAGACAGAAGAUCAAGAAGAUCUGUGAUGGGUUUCGAGCCACCGUCUACCCCUGCCCAGAGCCUGCGGCGGAGCGCACACAGAUGCUGGCUGAUGUCAACGUGAAGCUGGAAGAUUUAAUCACUGUCAUAACUCAAACAGAGUCUCACCGCCAGCGGCUCCUGCAAGAGGCAGCUGCCAACUGGCACUCCUGGGUCAUCAAAGUGCAGAAGAUGAAGGCCAUCUACCACAUCCUAAACAUGUGCAACAUUGACGUCACCCAACAGUGUGUCAUUGCCGAAAUCUGGUUCCCGGUGGCAGAUGCCGGGCGCAUCAAGAGGGCACUGCAGCAAGGCAUGGAAUUAAGUGGCUCCUCCAUGGUCCCCAUCAUGACCUCAGUGCAAUCUAAAACAGAUCCUCCCACCUUUAACAGGACGAAUAAAUUCACAGCUGGCUUCCAGAAUAUUGUGGAUGCAUAUGGCAUAGGCAGUUACCGGGAGAUAAACCCAGCUCCCUAUACCAUCAUCACCUUCCCCUUCCUGUUUGCCGUGAUGUUUGGAGACUGUGGUCAUGGAAUUGUGAUGCUACUGGCCGCGCUUUGGAUGGUCCUGAAUGAGAGACGCUUGCUCUCCCAGAAGACAGACAAUGAGAUCUGGAACACCUUCUUCCACGGUCGCUACCUGAUCCUCCUUAUGGGCACCUUCUCCAUCUACACGGGCUUGAUUUACAACGACUGCUUCUCCAAGUCUUUCAACAUCUUCGGCUCUUCUUGGAGUGUCCAGCCCAUGUUCAGGAAUGGCACAUGGAAUAUGCACAUCAUAGAAGAAAAUCCGUAUUUACAGCUGGACCCAGCCAUUCCAGGAGUGUACUCUGGAAAUCCAUACCCAUUUGGGAUUGAUCCGAUUUGGAACAUGGCUUCAAACAAACUGACAUUCUUGAACUCCUAUAAAAUGAAGAUGUCGGUCAUCCUGGGAAUCGUCCAGAUGGUCUUUGGCGUCAUUCUCAGCCUUUUCAAUCACAUAUACUUCAGAAAAACUCUCAACAUCGUUCUGCAGUUUAUCCCUGAGAUGAUUUUUAUCCUGUGUCUGUUUGGAUACUUGGUUUUCAUGAUCAUUUUCAAAUGGUGCCACUUCGAUGUCCGCGUGUCCAAGUGCGCCCCGAGCAUCCUCAUCCACUUCAUCAACAUGUUUCUGUUUAACUAUAGCGACCCUUCCAACGCACCCCUGUACGAACAUCAGCAAGAAGUCCAAAGUUUCUUUGUUAUUAUGGCUUUGAUUUCUGUGCCAUGGAUGCUGCUGAUUAAGCCAUUCAUUCUUAGAGCCAAACAUCGCAAAUCCCAGCUGCAGGCAUCCACGAUCCAAGAACACACCACCGAGGACAUCGAAGGUGACACCUCCAACCCGUCCAUGAGCCCUGGUCAGAAGGCUCCUGCAGGAGCCCAUGGGGCCCAGGACGAGCCUGAGGAAGAGUUCAACUUUGGAGACAUCUUUGUGCAUCAAGCCAUCCACACGAUUGAGUACUGCCUGGGCUGCAUCUCCAACACAGCCUCCUACCUCCGCCUCUGGGCCCUCAGCCUGGCUCAUGCGCAACUGUCUGAAGUGCUGUGGACCAUGGUGAUGAACAUCGGGCUUCGCCUGCGAGGCUGGGGAGGACUCAUUGGGGUUUUUAUCAUUUUUGCCGUAUUUGCUGUCCUGACAGUAGCCAUCCUUCUGAUCAUGGAGGGCCUCUCUGCUUUCCUGCAUGCCCUGCGACUGCACUGGGUGGAGUUCCAGAACAAGUUCUACGUCGGGGCUGGUUACAAGUUCUGUCCAUUCUCCUUUAAACACAUCCUGGAUGGGACCGCUGAGGAGUAGCUUCUGGAUCAGUCUCUGUGCCAGUGAAACAAGUUCAGUCUCAUGCUCAGCAUCAACCUGUGCAAGGUGUCAGUGGGGUGAUUGUUCUUGGCUGAAUGGAGGCAGGAAGCCAUGGAUGAUUUAGUUAUAAGCCUUGGGAUCUGAUGUGAUUUAACCGUAUCGCAGAGGAACUAUGCUGGCAAGGGAUUCAACCUCACGUGGGGUCUUCAUUGUCAAACACUAAAAUGACUGAGAAUUGUGGGGCACUGAACAGGUAUUUCCUUGCAAUAUUUUAAGUAUUAUAUUUAAGAAAAUAAACUUCUGAGC